UAAAUUCAGCAAAAUUGUGUGACUUUUAACUCUGGUAAUUGCUGAAUUGUUGAAUGGAAAGCAAAAUGGAAAGCAGAGUUUAAGGAUAAUUGCUGAAUUUCACUUACUCUUCUCUAGUGUCUGAAUCCAAUCUGAUUUAUGUCUUGGUCUUUUCAUUUGUAUUGUGUGACUAUUAAGCGUUGAAACUUUAAUUCUAUUCCAGUCUUGUAUUUUGAAGUGUGCCUCAAGCACUCUUCUUUGCACAAGAGCCAAGUGUAAUUUUGUGUAACAGAUGUUGCUUUGAGUAGUCGAUGGAGAGUCGUGACUUGUCAACUCUGGUCACCCCCAUUACAACCACCACCUUCUUCUUGGGCCGCCAAGGAAUUAAGGUAUCUAGCUUGAGCCAUGGGAGUAGCAGUGCCACGAGCAUGUCCAAGAUGGACGAGGUGAGCGAGGUUGCUAAGAUGCCAGAUCUGGGUUUGAGAAAAGAAGAAGAAGGAAGAAGAGAGAGAAAGAAAGAAUAAGAAGAAGAAAGAAGAAGGAUGAGGAGGGAGGAGGAAGAAGAUGAAGUUUGAGAGAGAACCUAGAUCUGGUUUGCAUAGGUACGGGAAAAGGAGAGAGAAAGUGAAAGAGGAAGAAGAGAUGACAUGGAUGGAAAAAAAUUAUUAUUUUAAAAUUAAAUAAAAAUGCCAAUUAACG